UUCUAACGGGCGGAGGAGAGCGAUGGCAGCACCAGUGUGUGUGCGCUACCAGAAAGCUGAUCUCUAUUGUUGACGCGCAGGAGAGACUGGAACGCACAGCUCCAUGUGAAGCGCACCGCCUGGGAGGAGAGAAACGAGGCGGAGUGAAGAGACUCGAGCCUGCAGUUAGUUUCCCACCUCGAUCAGACUGGACUUAUUUUGGAAAAACACAAAACACAGAUCAGACUGAAGCAACGGGAUUAAUUCGAGGGGACUCGAGCAAUCUCAUGAUGAAGAAGAACAAUUCGGCGAAGCGGGUACGAGCCCCACCAGAGUCACUGUCGCUUUAACUAACGCGCGUCUUUGUGGUUUAACACUUUGUCUCUGGAUACAUUUGGGAAACAUAAUUAUGCUGAUGCUCGAUCUGCUCCAUUCUGCGCCAUUGUAGCAUUUUUUUGUACGUGUGGGCUGCUGGACUCCAUCACUAAUCCUCAUUUGUUGUUGCAGAACUGACAUUUUCCAUCUCUGUUUUUCUCCUUUUCUUCACUUGCACGUUUUUGUUGUUGUUCCAUGCCUGAAUUAGUGGACAACAUAAAGUAAAGACCCAUUGUGUCCUUCCACUGAUCUCUUGUGGAAAGUUCAGCACUGACUCCAGCUCACAGUUGGUGUUGCACAAAGAAUGGGAAGAUCUCCAUGACAAAGGCAAUGGCUUUGCAGGACUCCAGCCAGCAGCCUGCUCAACCCGACAAAGUGGGAUGGAUUCGCAAGUAUUGUGGCAAAGGCCUUUUCAGGGAGAUCUGGAAAAACAGAUAUGUGGUGCUGAAAGGAGACAAGCUGUACAUCUCGGAGAAAGAGGUGAAGGAUGAGAAGAAAAUUCAGGAGGUGGUGGACCUUACAGACUAUGAGAGAUCUGAGGAGCUUCGUAAAGCCAAGAGCCGGACCAAGAAAAAUCACAGCAAGUUUACGCUGCUGUGUGCUCGCCAACCAGGCAACACAGUUCCAGAUCUGGUUUUCCUGGCUGUCAGUCCAGAGGAAAAAGAGUCAUGGAUCAAUGCCUUAAAUAUAGCCAUCACCAGGGGCAAGAACCGCAUUCUGGAUGAGAGCCGACUUGCUACUUGCACUUCUCAUAUACUCAUCAGGAGAGGAAAGGAUGGAGAGGAUGGAGUCAGCACGCAAUGCCAGGUUACAGUGGAAGGUGAAAGCUGUUUGGUUCAUCCCACACGAGACCGAGCUAAAAUCCCACACACACGCCGACUUCCCACCCGCGGCCACCUUUUGGCUGUGGCCUCAGCAUCUACAUCCGAUGGUAUGCUGACCCUUGACCUCAUUCAGGAAGAAGAUACGCCAUCUCCCGAGGCACAGGACCAGAGCAAAUCUGCAAACUCCAGAAUGGACACCUGUCAACUUCUGCCUGAUUGUGAGGAUACAGUCAAAUCUCAGAGCCUGCCACGUAAAAGCGAGAGCUCUUGGACCUGGUGUGAGAGCCAAGCACAAACGCCCAGGGCUGGAAAAAAGUUCCGAACCACGGACAAGAACCGCUGCGCCUCCAUGGAUGAGAUCCUUUCUCACUCAGAUACUAAGAGAUCGAUCCCACACUGUUCAGCCUCAGCCCCCGCACACUCCAUCUGCCAGCUCCAGGAGCUUAUCUCUUUAAAACUGGAGAGAACUCAGGACCUGCUGAGUGAGGUGCGGGGUCACAGCCAGGGUUGUGGUGCAGAUUCUGCCUCUGGCAAGGAGGCAGAACGCCUGCUGGAGGAGGCAGCAAGUGCCUGGGGGCAGGCCAGAGACGUGCUGGAAGAGGUGAAGGAAAUCAGAGUGCUGUGCAGGCAGCUGGAGGAGGUCUCCUGCCCCAGUGACAAGCUGAAGAGCCCACAGCAAAAUCAGUUCAGGAAGAGCCUGAUGUGAAGAUGUGGACAAGGUGACGCAAUGAGGCCUGGUGAUGCGGAUUAAAAAUGAAUAAAAAUUGGACUAUGAGACUGAUCAGCAUUCGAUUUGGACAAAAACGCCUCUAAUUUGUCAGUCUACACACCCCCAGCAUUGUCCCAGCUUAUCAGAAGCUUUGUAAAGUCUUCUUAAAUGUUAAAGAGUGUUUAAAGACAUGUUCCUCUACUGUCUUCUGCUACCUUCUACAAUGGUUUGUAUUUUACAAAACCUUCAGUGGUCUCACCCUGGAACAUCGGAAGUCAUGGCAUUUAUAGCACACAACAGAAAUCACUGAGAGACCUUAUUUAUUUUAUUUUGCAGAAAUGGUUUGAUUGGGAUGCCACACGAUACCUGAAUUUUGUCAAUUUCCUCAAAGGACUCUCAUGACUGAUUUCUUACUAAUUGAUUACAUGACAGUUAGCAUGUGUGUUAACAUUUCAAUUGACACGAUGUCGAAGGUUAUCCAAAGCCAGAAAAAAAGAAAUUUGCCAUAAUCCAGUCACUGAUGAUGUUACAGAAAGUGCAUGUUGUAGCCAUUGUGAAUUUCUGUCUGCUUUACAAAAAUCCUGAUUUGUUCUUCUUCCCUCAGUGGCUGUGGCCGAGUGAAGCCAAUAAUAUACACUCCCUAGACAUUUUCAUAGUGACACAUGCAAACAUGCUCAGCCUAUCAUGUGGCAGCAGCGCAAUGCAUAAAAUAAAAUGAAAUAAUGCAGAUUCAGGUCAAGAGCUUCAGUCACUCUGUACAUCAAAUAUUAAAAUGGGGGAAAAUAUGAUCUCAGUGACUUUGAUUGUGGCAUCGUCUUUGGUGCCAGAAGGCUUGAUUUGAGGAUAUCAGAAACUGCUGAUAUCCUGGGAUUUUUGCUCAAUACUGUUGAUGAGAGAGGUCAGAAAAGAAUAGCCAGAUUGGUUCGAGGUCACAGGAAGACUAUGGUAACUUAAAUAAGCACUCUUAAUAAUUGCAGUGAGCAGAAAACCAUUUCAGAAUGCACAGCAUAAUAAAGCUUGAGGCAAAUGGGCUACAACAGCAGAAAACCACUGCUGGACAGAUGGAGAUUGGAAAAAGUCCAGAUUAUGUUUUUCCAGUCUUCCGCUGUCCAGUUUCGAUGUGCCUGUGCUCAUUGUAGGCUCAGAUUCCUCCUUUGGCUAACAGAUGUUAUUCUGUUCUCAUUCACUGGAUAUGAGCAGUUGAGCACUGAUUGGCUACUCUACUACUAGGAUAUCAGCUCAUAUACCAUGAGUAGAGAAAAACAAAAUGGCGGAGCAUGUUGCUGAACCAACCGAGGACGAAAUAAAAACUUCACUCAAAAACAAAAUCCCAAAAAUACAAAAAAAGCAACAAAAUAUGGAAUAAAAAUAUUUGAUGGUAAGAAUGUAUCUAUUUUUAUUUUUCAAGAAUUAUUAUUAUUAUUAUUAUAGCAUUUUUCACAAAUUGCUACUGUCAUUUCGCCGGUUUGUUUACAUUCUAAGCGGAAAUGAUUUUGUCGGACGUUUUGUAUGACGUUUUUAUUUAUCGAAUUUGCAAAAAAUAAAAACGCUCUGUUUCUCAAAAUCCAACGAAUGUGGAUAGAAUAAAACAGUUAUUACACUCAAUCUCGUCGUACAUAGCUUAUGGCCUCGUCGGCUGUCAGCUCAUGCACGACUCGCUUUCGUGGAAUAACUGUUAAUUGUAACCUAUCCUAGAGACUGUUGAAUGUGAAUAUCCCAAGAAAUCAAAUCAGCAGUUUCUGCAAUACUCAAACCAGCUGGUCUGACAAGAAUAACUACAACCCCGAUUCCAAAAAA